AUGUCGGACAGCAAAGUACCUUCCCCGAAUGUUGUUCAUAUCACUGAGAACGAGAUCGAACGUGAGCGCGAGAGGGUCAGACUAUCGCCCGUGUUCACCAUCAUCUUUUCUGGAUUUGCGUUGAUGUCGGAUGGUUACCAGGUCGGUGUCCUGUCGUUGAUCAACGUCUGCUUUGCAAAGAUCUACGGUGAUGCCUACACUUCUGAAAUGUCGACUCGUCUUGGAAACGCUCUCUUUGUCGGAAUUGUCCUUGGACAGGUUGGAUUUGGAUUCUUUUGUGACAGAAUGGGGCGCAAGGUCGGAUUGUUGGUGACCACGUUCUUGGUCAUUAUCGGUGCUGCUCUUUGUGCGGGCGCAUACGGUGCCGGUGGAUCAAUAGAGGGGUUCUUCUGGGCAUUGACGAUAUAUCGGGGGAUUUUGGGGGUCGGUGUCGGAGGAGAGUACCCUUGCUCUUCGACCAAUGCAUCCGAGUCGGCUGAUAGUGUGAUGCAAGGCCGCCGUGGGAUGUUGGUCUCCCUGGCUACAAACACCAUGAUCGAUUUUGGGUUUGUUGUUGCGGCCAUUGUCCCCUUGAUCCUCGCUACUGCAGGAUGCAGUUACGAGGUCAUCUGGAGGGUGUCGUUUGGGUUCGGUGUCCUCCCUCCCCUUUCGGUCCUUUACUUCCGUCUGAGGAUGACCAACUCGAAGAUUUUCCAGCGCAACAACCUAAAGAGAAACGUGCCCUACGUCCUCAUCAUCCGCCGCUACUGGAAGUACCUCCUCGGCACCGCGGGAUCGUGGUUCAUUUACGACUUUAUUGCCUACCCCUUUGGCAUCUUCUCGGGCACCAUCCUCGACACCGCCAUCGGAACCAACGGAACCUUUGUUCAGACUGCCGAAUGGAUGUGUCUCCUCAACGUUUUCUACUUGCCUGGAUGUAUUGCGGGCGCCUUCUCGGCUGAUCGAAUCGGGCGCAAGAUGACGAUGACUUUGGGAUUCCUCCUCCAGGGCGUACUCGGGAUCUUGAUGGGCAUCUUUUAUAAGGAUCUCUUGGGUAUCUUCCCCCUGUUUGUGGUCUUGUACGGUGUCUUCUUGGGUCUUGGAGAGUACGGGCCUGGAGAUAUGGUCAUCUUGACUUCUGCAGAGAUCUAUCCUACCGCUAUCCGUGGAACUGCUUACGGCUGGUCGGCUGCUAUCGGGAAACUUGGUGCCAUCUGCGGAACCUCUGCCUUCAAGCCUGCGAUUGCCUCCCUGGGACAUGGUGAUGUGAUCUUGGGUCAGAGUCGCGUUUUUAUCCUAGGAUCAGGGCUGUCGUUGGUCGGGGCCAUCUUUGCGUGGUUGCUUAUCCCAGACUACACCAAGCAGGAUCUGAGCUAUGAGGAUGAGGCGUUCAAGAAGUACCUUGAAGACAAUGGAUAUGAUGUCUCGUACCUCGGCGAUGCAUCGACCACUGUCAGUCAUGAGUCCUUGCAGGAGCAAGGCGUCGUCGCCACCAUUGGUGGAACCGAGAAGCAAGAACUCGAGUCGGAUAUUGAUACCACCCGCCUUUAA